GUGAAGAUGACUCGCUCGUAAAUUUUCCACCAAGACCCAACCGCAUGACCAGUCAACAUGUCAGACAUCGCGGUGGGGAUCAUCGGGAUGGGGGAUAUGGGGAAGAUGUACGCUCGAAGGAUAGGCGAAGCCGGAUGGACUGUCUAUGCUUGUGAUGUCCCAGAGAAGUACGAGGAAUUACGCGAGGAAUUCCAGACACAUAAAAAUGUCCAUAUCAUGGAGAGCGGUCAUCUCGUCUCGCGGUGUAGCGAUUGGAUCAUGUACAGCGUCGAAGCCAAGAGCAUCGGCGCGGUUGUUGCGCAAUUUGGUCCUUCUACCAAAGUCGGAGCGAUUGUUGGCGGGCAAACGUCAUGCAAAGCUCCCGAAAUCGAAGCGUUCGAGACGUAUCUGCCCAAAGAUGUCGAUAUUGUCUCCUGCCACUCGCUCCAUGGGCCCGCUGUUGACCCAAAGGGCCAGCCUCUGGUCAUAAUCAAACACCGGGCGUCAGAAAAGAGCGCCCAGCUGGUCGAGAACAUCCUAUCCUGCUUCGAGUCGAAGACGGUCCAUCUGACCGCCGAACAACACGACCGCAUCACAGCGGAUACGCAAGCCGUGACCCACGCUGCAUUCCUCAGCAUGGGCGCCGCCUGGCAAGCCAACCAACAAUUCCCCUGGGAGAUCGCCCGCUACAUCGGCGGGAUCGAAAACGUCAAGAUCAACGUCGCCCUGCGGAUCUACUCCAACAAAUGGCACGUAUACGCCGGGCUCGCAAUGCUCAACCCGUCCGCGAAGAUCCAGAUCCAGCAAUACGCGACGUCGGUGACGGAGCUGUUCAAGCUAAUGCUCAGCGGAAGACGAGCGGAACUGACCGACCGGAUCAAGGCGGCGGGGGCGGCAGUGUUCAAGGAGAGAGGGAACGACCCGGACUUGUUGCUGAAGGACGAGGUGCUGGAUCGGUUCUCGUUGGGGGAGCUGCCGCCGGAGAAGGUGCCGAAUAACCAUCUGUCGCUGUUGGCGAUGGUGGAUUGUUGGUGGAAGUUGGGGAUCGUGCCGUAUGAUCAUAUGAUUUGCUCGACGCCGCUCUUUCGCCUCUGGUUGGGGAUCACCGAAUAUGUGUUCCGAAAUCCAGAGCUGCUUCAGGAGUGCAUUGACACCUCCAUUGAGGACAACACGUUCCGUAUGGACGACCUUGAGUUCACAUUUGCUGCCCGCGACUGGAGCCAACGAGUGCUCCUCGGAAACAUGGAUGUGUAUCGGGAGAAGUUCGAGACGAUACAGGCGUACUUCUCCCCACGAUUCCCCGAAGCGACGAAGUUGGGAAAUGAAAUGAUCAAGACAAUACUUGAGAAGACGAAGGAGAAGGAGUGAUACUUAUAGCUAUGCUUACCGUACGACCGUAACUUGUCAUGAGUUCAACACCGAUGAAUAAGAUAGAUCAAUGAUAUGAUAUGCUUUGAAGCAUAUCGUCUUCGCUAUCAACAAUAGCAAUUGCAUUGAUUUUAACAUGGCAAAUUGAUAGUGUUCGGGCGUCGGAGUUGGCUGAAUACGG